GCAAUCAAAGGAGAUGGGUGUAAAAGAGUCAGUACAUGGUUUGUCGAUCAAAGUUCAGACACAACAGGGAGAGAAGACAAACAGAACUUCUUUAUUUAGACAGUUUUUUAUUUUCCUUUUUUGUGUUUUUAGUAGGAUAGUUUAACUUGUAUUAUCCCAGGAUAUUUCAUGUAGCUGAUUUACGCAGAGCACAUUAUAACUGUUUUCUUUUAUAAUCAGUUUUAUAGUACUUUAUUUUAUUCCUUUUUUAGAUAUUUGAUAUGUAAAUACAUAUUAGAAAGCUCACCAAAGCGUGACGGAUACAAUUAUUUAGCACCAUUUUGAGUAUUAUAUUUUGAGAAAAAAUUUCUUUGAAAUGGCCACAGCAAGAGAUCUCCCACCAUUUUGAGUAUUAUAUUUUGAGAAAAAAUUCCUUUGAAAUGGCCACAGUAAGAGAUCUCCUAACAGGGGAUGUGAAGACAGAGAAGGGUCGAUGUAAAAGAUCCAGUGCAGAAAUCGAGCCUCCAUACAUGUCUGAGCUGAGGAUUGUGCUGCUGGGGAGGUCUGGAGAAGUGAAGAGUAAAGUGGGAAACAUCAUCCUGGACAGAAAGGUUCUUUCAGUAGGAGAUCAGUGUGAGAGGGCACAUGGUCUGGUGAAUGGGAGACCUGUGGCUCUGAUCAACACUCCAGACUUACUGGACCCUGAGCUCCCUGACAGGAAAUUAUUCUAUCAGAUAGAGAGAUGUGUUACCCUGUCUGCCCCAGGUCCUCAUGCACUUAUGCUGGUGCUGGAGAAGGUGGGGUUUACAGAUGGUGAUAGAAAAAGACUAGAGAGAAUCCUGAACAUUUUAAGUGAUGAGGCCUUUAAGUACUCAGUGGUACUGCUCAUACAGGAGAGUAAAAAAAAAAUAAAACAUGGUAAUCCUGUUAAUGAAGUUGUCCAAAAGUGUGGUGGAAGGAGUCACAAAUUAAUCAACACAGAAGAGAUGAAUUACACCCAGGUUACUACAUUAAUGGAGAAAAUAGAGAAGAUGAUGGAGGAGAAUGGAGGAGGUUUCCUCCGCUGUGAGAUGUUCAAGGAGCCAGAAUCAGCUGCGCUAGGAGCGAUAGAGGGCUCACUGAUGGGGACGGAACAGAAGAUGGAGAGGAAGCAGAAUCCACAGGCACGGCCUAGAGAACAACAGCAAAUGGGAAAAGGAGAAAAAGUGGCUGAGGGUGACAGACUGAACUUGGUGUUGUUUGGGAGCAGUGGAGCUGGGAAGACUUCUGCAGGAAACGCGAUCCUGGGACAGAGGGAGUCCAGUGUGGAUCCCAGCUCCUCUUCAGUGUGUGAGAGGAGAGAGGGAGAAGUGUGCGGUCGCCUGGUUACCUUGGUGGAAAUGCCAGCUCUGUGUGAAUCACAGCUCUCUGCAUCCACUGUGUCUCGCCUCUGUGCCUCUCUCUGUGGCCCUGGAGUUCAUGCCUUCCUCCUGGUCACACCAGCUGCUCAUCUAACUGAUGAAGACAAGGCAGAAAUAACAAAGAUUCAGGAGAUAUUUGGCUCAAGAGUCACUGAUUACAUGAUGGCCUUUUUUACCCAUGAAAGUCCAACAGCUCAACCUGUUCUUGACAUUCUGCAGCAGAAUAAAGAUACUGGGGAGCUUCUGAAGAUCUGCAGCAACAGGUUCUGUGUUUUCAACAACCAGGACAUUGCGAAUAACCCAGUAGUUCCAAAGCUUCUGAAGGGUAUAGAGGAGAUGAAUAGAGCAACAGAAAGCUGCUUUUCCCUGGAUAUGUACUUGGAGGCACAACUGGAGAAGCUCAGAGAGUUGGAGGCCAGCCACAGGAUGGAGCUAGAGGAGAAGGACAGAAAGAUCAGAGAAUUAGAAGAAAAUAUUAAGGGCAAAUCACUGGGCAUUAAAGGUAAAGAUCAGAGCUCGGACUGUGUGAGGAUAGUGCUCGUGGGGAAGACAGGAAGUGGGAAAAGUGCCACAGGAAACACCAUACUGCAGAGGGAGGAGUUCCAGUCUGAGCUCAGUUCAACAUCAGUGAUGGUCUGCUGUAAGGAAGGAGUAGGAGAAGUAGCUGGCAGGCAUGUUGCUGUAGUUGACACACCAGGUCUCUUUGAUGCACCAUGUUGUAAUGAGGAGGUCCAGCAGGAAAUAGCCAAAUGCACCUCCUUUUUGGCCCCAGGACCUCAUGUGUUUCUCCUAGUGCUACCGAUUGGAAGAAUGGGAAGGGAGGAGGAGGACACGUUGCAGCUUAUUAAGAGUACCUUUGGUACAAUGGCUGAAAUGUUCACCAUAGUCAUGUUCACAAGAGGGGAUGAUCUUAUUGAAUCAAUUGAAAAAUACAUUCAAAAAGCUGGCCCUACAAUCCAAAAUCUUAUUCAAGACUGUGGAAACAGGUUUCAUGUCUUCAAUAAUAAAGACAAGAGCAAUCACACCCAAGUGUUUGAGCUGCUGGAUAAGAUAGACAUGAUGGUGAAGAAAAAUGGAGGAGGCUGCUACACCAAUGAGAUGUUCCAGGAGGCAGAAAUCACCAUAAGGAAAGAGUGUGAAAGAAUACUGAGAAAACAGAAGGAAGAAAUACAGAAAGAGAAAGAGGUGCUGGAGGCAAAACAUGAGGACGAGAUGAAAGAGAUGAGGAGGAGGAUAGACGAGCAGAGAAAUAAAGUUCAGGAAGAAAGAACUCAUUGGGAAAAAGAGAUGAAAGAAGAACAUUUACAGAAGGAGCUGGAAGAGUGGAAGAAAAGACAGCAGGAGGAAAAAGAAAAAAUAUCUGAGCAAGAUAAAAAGAUGAAAGAAAGACAAGAAUUAGAGUGGAAGAACAAAAUGGAUGAGAUAGAGGAAGAGAAGAGGAAAAUGAAAGAGGAGUGGAAACAUAGGGAAGAGGAAGAGAAGAGGAGAGUAGAAGGAGAGGAGAAACAGAAGCUCGAGCUGAUAGAUGAACAAAGAAGAAAAAAUAAAGAAUUUGCGGAAAAGCAAGCAGAUGAAAAGAAAAGGAGAGAUAGAGAGGAGCAGGAGAGGAAGAACUGUGAGGAGAGAGAAAGAAGGGAGUGGAAACAGAAAAUUAAAGAGGCAGAGAAAGAGAAAAAAGAGAUAAAGGAAGAGAUGAAGAAAAAAGCUGAGGAAUGGGAACAGGAAAGAGAAAAGGAACGUAUAAGGAAUGAGGAGAUGGAGAUGAAAAGGAAGCAGAAAGAACAGGAAGACAAGAGAGAGUGGGAUGAGAGACAAAAGAAAAUGGAGGAUGAGUUUGAGAAAGAGAGGGAACAAGAAAGAAAAAGGAGAGAAAAGGUCAGGCGACACAAUGAGGAAAUAAUGGAGAUGUAUCUUGAAGAAAAAAGAAGUCAGUUGAAAAAACAACAAGAGGAAUGGGACAAGGAAAGAAAUGCAGAGAGAGAGAGAAGAUAUAAAGAGGAUGAGCAGAGAAGAGAGGAGGAGAGGAAAAGGCUGGCAAAGCUGCGGGAGGAAUUUGAGAGGGAACGAGAGGAGGAGAACCAUAAGAGGAAAAAGGAAGAUCAGACCAGGACUGAAAGAGAAGAAAAAAAAUGUAAAGAAAUUGAGGAAAACUACAAAAAGGAAAUGGAAGAACUGAGAAGGAAAUAUGAAGAAGAUGCUAGAAAACAAGCAGAUGAAUUUAAUGCAAAAUCCAAAAGAUCAUGUUCAUGUGUAAUAUUGCACCAUUUUGAGUACUAUCUGUUGAGAACAAAUUCUUCUGAAAUGGCAGCAGCAAAGGAUCCUUUAACAGGAGAUGUGAACACAGAGAAGGAUCAACGUAGACGAUCCAGUGCUGAAUUUGUCCGUCCCAACAUGGAUGUGUACAGAGAGAGGGAUCCAUGUGGAAGAAGCAGCCCUGACUGGAAUCGCCCAAUGAUGACUAAAAUGAGGCAGGUGAGGAUUAUGCUGAUGGGUUCGACUGCAGAAGGACAAAAGUCAGCUGGAAACAUCAUUUUGGGGAGAAAGGCUUUCCCAGUUUCAGAAACACUGAAGAGUGAGAGGCAUGAUGGGUUUGUGGCUGGGAGGAGCCUGGCAGUGAUCACCACAGCAGAUCUGUUUAACCCAAAUCUCACUGAAAACGAACGCUCACUGCAGGUUGGGAAGUGUUUGAGCCUGUCUGACCCAGGACCCCAUGUGUUCCUGUGGGUGCAGCAGGAGAGGAACAUCACACAGGAGGACCGAAACACUCUGAGGAGGUUCAAGAAGUCUUUCGGUGAAGGAGCUUCAAGGUUCUCAAUGGUGCUGUUCAUGCAUGAAGACCACAGGGAAUAUGCCAGUGUUGGUGAUUCAGCUAGACCAGGUGAUGAUGCUCUGCUGGACUUUAUUCAAGACUGUGGGGGCAGGUUUCACUUCCACAGCAAGAGAAAGCAUACACAAGUAACUGAGCUUCUGGAGAAGAUCCAGGAGAUUGUGGAUGAAAAUGAAGGCAGUUACUUCACUGGAGAGAUCUUUAAUUGGUCAGAUAUCACUUGGAAAGGAUUGGAGAGCAAAAAGAAAGAGGUGGGAGCUGAUGUUAAAAGGAUGGUGAGCAUGAGACAUGCAGAACGUCCCCCAAUGAACGUAAACAGACCCAAAUUUAUCCGUGGAAGAAGUGUGAAUGCCAAACGGGACAACAGAGAGUGUGUGAGGAUGGUGCUGUUGGGGAGGACUGGUGUAGGGAAGAGUGCCACAGGAAACACCAUACUGGGGAGAGAGGUGUUUACCUGCAGGGCUAAAAUGACCUCAAAUGUUACAAAAAAAUGCCUGAAAGAGACAGGUACUGUACUGGGAAGACGGGUAGCUGUGAUUGACACUCCAGGCUUCUAUGAUACCACCCUGUCUACUGAAGACACCCAGCAGGAGAUCAUUAAAUGCAUGGGGUUGGCAUCUCCUGGACCUCACGUGUUCCUCUUGGUGAUAUCAGUAGGACACUUCACACAAGAGGAGAAAGAGAUACUCAGGUUUAUCAAAUUGAGCUUUGGUGACAAAGCUGAAAAUUACACAAUGAUCCUGUUCACCAGAGGUGAAGACCUCGGAGAACAGUCCAUUGAAGAAUACAUUGAAGAAGGUCAUUCUGAAGUGAAGGAACUAAUUCAGAUCUGUGGACGCAGGUACCAUGUCUUCAAUAACAAAGAAAAGAACAGACGCCAAGUCGUUGAGCUGUUUAAAAAGAUAGAAAAGAUGAACUGGGAUAAUGGAGGAAGCUGCUACACUCAUGAGAUGUUCUUGGAGGCAGAAAAGGCAAUGAUGCGAAUACAGAUGAAGAAAGAGAAAGAGGAGGAGGUGAAGAGAGAACGGGAGAUGUUACAGGCUAAGUACAAAUCAGACAUUGAAUAUAUGAAAAGAAGUAUGGCCGAGGAGAGAGAACUGCAGAAAAGAGAGAGGAAGGAGCGGGACAAAGAGCACUGGAGGACAGAAAGAGGGGAACAACACAAAAUAAGUAAUAACCAAGAUGAAGUGCAGGGGGAAUUACUGGGACACAUGACACUUCUGGAGCGGAAAGCAGGAAAUGAGGAAGGGAGAGAAGGGGCCAGUGGAACAUGGAGGCCAGAGCAACAUGUUAUAGAGAGCCAGGAGGAUGGAGAGGAGGAAGAAAAAUGCAAACAAGAGGAAGAAAAGGAACAAGACAGAGAAGAAAAUGAGAAACUGAUGGGAAUUAUGGAGGCUAAAGAGAAAAAAGGAAUCACAUUUUUACAUAAAAAAAAAACAAAGCAAUCACCCCAAAAGAUUAAAGAAACUAAAAAACGAGAAGAGUUGUAUGAUAUCAAGGGUCAGAGGGGUGAAGAUAGGCCUAUAAGGGAGAAACGAGAUUCAGGGAAAAGGCAAGAAGAGAAGGAAGACCAAGUGGUUAAAGAUUCAGCAAGAGAAAAAAAUGUGAGAUUGACAGAAGAAGAGUUCACAAGACUCUUAAAUGAAAUGAAGGAGAAACAUGAGGAACUUGCAAGGCAGCAAGCAGAAGAGUUAAAAUCCUUCAUGAUAAAACACUCAGAUCAUUUUGAGGCCUUACCAAGAAAAAAGAACAAAAGAUGUGUGAUACAGUGAGCUGAUAAAAGUUCAAAAGUUCUCACAUCCUGCUGAUUCACAGCACAUGCACUGCCCCAUGUCAGGAAGGGAUGUUCUUGGCUGUUGAGGAAAUUUACUAGUAGAAGGCGUGGAUUUUUUGGUAUUUGAAUAUUUUAUGGAAAGAUAUCUAGGGGCUAUUUCUUAUGAGUAACAUGAAAAUCAUUGAUUGUAAAACUGCAGAUGCUUCAACUGACUUGGCACUUACUACUUAUUACUACUCUUGAGCACUGAAAUUAAAUGGAUAAUUUAUAAUUCAUUUGUAUUUAAGCAACUGUACUCAUUUUAAGGGCACACUAUAGGCUUGCUGCGGUCCUGUGAUUACAAUCAAACAAGUCUACUACUCCAUCUUCAACCCAGCCCACUCAUCGCAAGAACCCCAUUUCAUGUAGCUAGGUAGAUAGAUAGAGGCAACAUUAGUACUGUUAAAUGAAGGACCAUGUGCGACAGUAAGAAGGCAGAUUUGAUUAUAGCUUAAUUCAUUCCAUUAUGUUGAACGUAAAAGUGGUUUUAUUGUUGGAACUUUUAUUUUGAAAAUUUUAGAAGCCAAAUCCACGCUGCUUUUCCUUUCCUUUUGUGAACUUCACCUGAUCCCACUGAGGAAAAGCAGUUUCCUGUUUAACUCUAGUUCUUAAAUGAGCCCUGCUGAAUUGUCUUUUUGCUUCGCUGUGUCUGUACUUCUUCACUAGCUAGCAAUAAACUCUUUGCCACAUCCACCCACCCCUUUGGUGCUGAGCAGUUUAAGGUUUUUGGCAUGCAGCACCUUUUUCCAUGAAACUUUUUGUUCGCGUCAUGUUUACGUGCAACAACAGCCAAGCAACAGUGCUACAACCAAGCUCAUAUUCACAACAGGGGUCUACUACAGUGCAUGCUUAGUGUAUGGAAGAGUUGCUUUCAGUGUCUUUGGAAAAGACUGUGUGUUGAGCAAAGAAGAUACUGCAUUGUCAUCACGUAACUGCUCAAACGGAAGAAGGGACCAUAAAUUGAUGGCAGGUUCCUCCUCAACCAUCCAGAUGUACCUAAUACUGAAACAGAGAAUGACAGAGAAGGACUUGAAUAGAUAGAUGUCUUUGCCUGGCACCACUUUUCUGACUACUAGAUCCUUUUGGCAUCAAAAAAGCAGGCUUGAGUUUUCAUAAGAGUAUUUAUUUUAUAGAUUGAAUAAUCUUUUGUGGACUGAAGCCGAUACUAAUAUAAUGACAUCUGAAGCAUUUUCAGACAUCCUUAUUGCACCUCUCACUCCUUUAAAUUUGUGUCCAAUUCAACCUAUUGUAUUUCUGUUUUCAAAUUUCAUAUAAAGAUGUAAAACCUGUUUGCAAAACAAUGUGUGUCAGAAAUACAAGAUUCUCUUCAAAAAUAUCUAUUAAUUUCUGCAACACAGCGAGGGUAACCCAGAUUUAUGCUUCUUAUAAACCGCUGCAGGACCCUGGAUGUGGAUGGGCUUCCACUGUGCAGUUUGUUGGUACUAUGUGUGCAGCAGAGGGCUCUGUGUCAGUUUUGUUUAAGAUCAGUCGCAGUGCCAGAAAUGUCCAGUAUGAGGGGAUGCCCCGCAGAUAUGAGCCCCAAAGUCCUGCUUCUACCCUGUAGCCUGUUGUUUGUUUUUGCUGUGAGUGUUCAAAACACUAACAAAACAAAUAAAAUACAGCUUUAUUGCUUGGUCAUUUGAUAAUCUUAAAAUUGUGUAAAUGUGACAUUGAUAAAGUGCAAUGUCGCCUAUGAAAUUCACCUCUGCGUGGACCAAUAAAAAAAAAUGCAGACAUUUAAGCAAUUUUGCCUUUAAGUAUAGUUGGAUUAAGUAUGUACUUUGAAUAAAAAUAUUAAAUG